GCCGGUGGCACGCGGGGCCGUGCCACUCCCCCCUGUCCCAUGGCGCGGAGGACGCAGUGAGCAUGGUGGAGGCGACGGACGGAGCUCUGAGGAACGCUUCCGCUGGAGAGGGGCGCAGCAAGAGCCUGCCUUUUCCCUGGGUGGUCACGCUACUGUCCAGCGUGCUCAUCACCACCAUCGUCGUGGACGUCCUGGGCAACCUGUUGGUCAUCGUGUCGGUGUUCCGAAACAGAAAACUCAGGAAAGCAGGGAAUGCCUUUGUGGUGAGUUUGGCUGUAGCAGAUCUAGUAGUGGCCAUCUACCCUUACCCAUUGGUCUUGACUGCUAUCUUCAAUGACGGUUGGAUUGCAGGUAACAUCCAUUGCCAAAUCAGUGGCUUCCUGAUGGGGCUCAGUGUUAUUGGCUCUAUUUUCAACAUCACGGGCAUCGCUAUCAACCGCUACUGUUACAUCUGCCACAGCCUUAAGUACGACAAGCUCUUCUCCAGCAAGAACACUGUGUGCUACGUGAUCCUGGUCUGGUCGCUAACCAUCCUGGCCAUCGUGCCCAACUGGUUCGUGGAGUCUCUGCAGUACGACCCACGGGUGUACUCGUGCACCUUUGCCCAGUCGGUCAGCUCGCUCUACACCAUCACGGUGGUGGUGGUGCAUUUCAUCCUGCCCAUCAGCAUCGUCACUUACUGCUACCUGCGCAUCUGGAUCUUGGUCAUCCAGGUGCGCAAGCGAGUCAAGCCCGACAUCAGGCCUAAGAUCAAGCCACACGACUUCCGUAACUUUCUGACCAUGUUUGUGGUGUUCGUGCUGUUUGCCGUGUGCUGGGCGCCGCUAAACUUCAUCGGCCUGGCAGUGGCCAUCUACCCCAGACUGGGCCAGGCCAUACCUGAAUGGCUUUUUACAGCCAGCUACUUUAUGGCUUACUUCAACAGCUGCCUAAAUGCGGUUAUCUAUGGCGUCCUCAAUCACAAUUUUCGAAAGGAGUACAAAAGGAUUGUGCUUGCUGUUUUCAAGUUCCAUUGUUAA